AUGGUUUACCCGCUCCCGACGCUCAAAGAGGAUGGUAGUUUAGAAUUAGAUGAUGGAUUUGUGGCGACGCAGCCUGCAGGCGGCGGAAUCGCGAGAGGAUCUGGUUAUUACGCCUUUUUGGCGCUCGAUUGCGAGUUUUGCUACACCGCGGAAGGUUUGCAGCUCACGCGGAUUUCGGUCGUCAAAGAAGACGGAGAGAUAGUGUACGAUAAAUUGGUUAAACCACCGACGGAGAUCACGAAUUACAACACCGAGCACAGCGGUAUCACGGCGGAGCAGAUGGAAGGCGUGCAGACGACGCUGCAAGACGUCCAGCGCGAACUUCUGGAGAUGAUUCCUUGCGAAACGAUUUUGAUCGGUCACUCACUGGAAAACGAUCUGCAGCGAUUGAAAAUUAUACACGCGAACGUCAUCGAUACGUGCGCUCUGUAUCCACACAAAAAGGGCGCGCCUUAUCGCAACGCGUUGCGGUUUCUCACCGAACGCUACCUCGGGAGGAAAAUUCAAGAAGGUUCGCACGAUUCUGUCGCGGAUGCGCGAGCGACGAUGGAACUAGCUUUGUUGAAG